AUGGGCGACGCUUACUUUGGUGAUCAUACCAAGUUCAACGACUCUAACGCCGCCCCGGUGAUCUUCACCCCCACCGACAACAACGGCUGGAUCGGAGCCCCCAACACUACGGCUCUCAACUCUACCUCCCCUCCCAGCUGGUCCAACCUCACCUUCUCCAUCCCCGCCGAGGGCUCUUCGGACCAUGACGUCGGCUUUCUCAGCUCCAACUCAUCCUCUUCCGACCGCCAGACCAGCGGCUUCGUCUUUUACGGUUCCUUCAUUUUCGUCGAGUCCUCCUCUGGCGGCAUGGAGUCGCUGUGGUAUGCUACCCCCAGCUCCAUCAACGGCAUCUACUCUCUCAAGUGGAACGACACUAGCGACACCACCACUGAAGACAAGAUCGUUCUCACUCUCAAGAAGACUGCGCCUUCCAACGCUAGCAAGACCAAGAACCGAUCCAUCUAG